AUGUCAUCUGCUCCAAAUAAGCGGAAAGCCAUCAGUGGCGGGGCCAGCCUCUUACAAAGGCGCGUGCGGCCGCGAGUCGAACCAGAGCCUGAAUCCGACGUGGCGGAAGACUCAGACGCGGACAGUCAGGCGCUAAGUAAAGAAGGGAUUGAUUCAUACGACUCUGAGAGCGAUGGUGAUGAUGACGCUGAGAGUGGCAGCGAAUCGGGGUCAGAAGAAGAGUCCGAGGAGGAGGAGCUUAGCGGGUCUAAAAUAGAUGCCUCGCAGCUCUCGUUUGGAGCGCUAGCUCGGGCGCAAGCUGCGAUGGGGGCGGCAGCGUCGCGGAAGGGACAGGCGGGGAGCGCUGCCGGCUCCAACGAAGCCGGCGACGGCAAAGAGGAGGAGGAGUCCUCGUAUCGGCCGCCGUCGGCAGCAGAGCGGGCCGAGCAGAAGAAGAAGCAGCAGCUCCUCCGGCACCGAGCCAGCAAGCACGCGCCGGCCGAGAUGACGAGCAAGAAGGCUGUGUCGCGGCGGCGCGAUUUCGUCGCCAUGCCCAACGUGCAGGCGCGGGACCCGCGCUUCCUGCCGCUGGCGGCGAGCAACAGCAUCGGCAAGAUCGACAACGCGAAGCUGCGCAAGGCGUACUCGUUCCUCGACGACUACGUCGAGGACGAGAUGAAGCAGCUGCGCGCGGCCAUCAAGAAGCUAGGCAGCAAGGACCCCGAGGCCAAGGAGAAGCUGCAACGCGCUCUGCUGUCGAUAGAGUCCAAGAAGAAGGCGCAGGUGCGCAAGGACCGCGAGCGGGCCGUCAUCGAGGAGCAUCGUCUCAAGGAGAAGGAGCUGGUCAAGGACGGCAAGCAGCCCUUCUACCUCAAGAAGACGGAGCAGAAGAAGCGUGUGCUGGUUGACCAGUUCGCUGGCCUCAAAAAGGGCCAAGUCGACAAGGCCAUCGAGCGGAGGAGGAAAAAGGUUGCCGGCAAGGAGAAGAAGCUGCUGCCCUACGCCCGGCGAACUGCCGAGUAG